AUGAGCUAUUUCAGUUCAAAAGUCGUAGCCAUCACGGCUCUUAUUAUCUCACUAAUCCUCUAUACUAUAAUCAUUAUUUCAAUCCUUGGGAUUGAAGGGCCCACCGCCUCAUCAUUUAGCUCAACUAAGUUGAACCAUUCUGUCAGAUCUCUCGUCGAUCAGACAAAGCCAUGGGCAUUUUCUGAAUCACAAGCUGAACAAUCAUUUAUAGACUUCGAUGAGCAUGAAAAUAGUCACGACAUUCAAGUCCAUCGACAAGUUCCUCGCAGGCCAAACAGAUCCAUCGCCACCAUUGACAACACGCACAUCACCAUCAUCAAUGCCACACCAUACAUCUGGCGUAGAACGGGCGAAAGGGCCUACCAGCUGAAGAAAUGGGCAACUGAAUGGCCAGAGUUUGUCCACCCUGGUGAGGCUACUACCAUGCAAGUCCAGCUUUCUGCGAGCUGGUUUCCCAAAAGGAGCGCCGCUGAGGUGACAUAUCAACUCGAAAACACGACUGUCCCUAUGUCAUUCCAGGUGCAGUACCGGGAGGGCCGCAGGCAUAAAGUGUAUGUUCAAUACCUCGAGAACAUGCGCAGCGGCGGUAGCGGCCAGCUUUCCGAACAUAAUCUAGGAUUCUCCAGAUCUCCUGGUGGAGUGGGUUUUAUCAUUGCAGGCACUGAGGACCGAUUUAUUGGCGCGAAUCCCCCCAUCAACUGGAUGCAGUCUCAACUUGAUGUUGUAGGAGACUUCCCCCUUCACGAAGUCGUUCUUCCUCGUUCGCACCAUGCGGGAUCCUACAAGAUCAGCAAGCUAAAAGGUGUAGCUACUCCGAAGAACACACAGACACAGCGCAAGCCACUGUACGAGCAGCUUGUUGAGGGAGGUAUCCGCGUUCUCGACAUCCGCCCCUCGUACCACAAGGGUCGAUUCUGGGAGUCGCAUGGCAAUUUUGUGGCUGGCCUCUGGAACGGUAUGCUUGGUGCCAGCAUUGACGAUAUGGUGACGCAGAUUAAUCGCUUCAACAAGGACUAUCCAGGCGAAUUGAUCAUUCUGGAUAUCCACCAUGUUGCUACUUCCGGUGCCUCGUUCCGCGGUUUGAAUUCUCUGGAGCGCGAGAAGCUGUACGCCGAGCUUAUGAAGCUCAAAUAUCGCCGUAACGUUGCGGUGAACGGGGACUUGACAAGGCUGACACUUAGAGACUUUCUAUAUAACAACAAUUCAGCUGUCUUGGUUCGGGUGCACUCGUCUUGGAUUCGAAAGGGUGGCAAGUUUCCUGGCGCAGCGGAAGGAUUCGUAACAGAGCUCAACUUUCCCGUCAAUGAGUACUGGUCUGAUAUGUCUGAUCCGGCUUCCAUGGCGAGAGACCAGAUUGCCAAGCUCGAGAAGUAUAGUGGGAGUCGCUUCACUCCUGUCUAUAGGUCAGACUGGCUACUGACGCAGCAGGGGUUUGGUGUUGCAUUUCCUCUGGACAGCAUCACAGAUCUAGCGAGGGGCACCUGGCGAACGCUGCACUCUGAGCUCUGGCCUGCAUUGAAUGACCAUAUGUAUCCCAAUUGGUUAGCCAUGGAUGACAUUCAUAAUGCGCAGCUCAAGAGCUUUGUUAUGGCUGUUAAUCAAUGUCUUGUUGCGAAGAUGUGCGGUUCACUUGGGAACAAGGUGAAUGGAUCCACCAUUGCCUUGUAG